CGCUUUCGGCAGCGGAAAAUCUCCGUCAAGCAGCCGCUGCUCAUCCUACGACAGUCCGACAUCCCAGAUAUCGACGAAGAGCAGCAACGAGAGGUCCAGCAGAUUGAAACCGGUGUCGAGAAGGGCGAAGAAGAGGAACACCAUCUACAGGCCGCAAUCAAUGCCUCCCUCGCGGCCGCGGCUGGCGCGAAGGUCCAGCAGAUUUACAUUCCCACGCCCGAUGCCUCGAAAGUGUUUGAUGGAUAUUCAAAAUACUAUACCCGCAAAUUUGCUGAGCCCGCAACUUAUAUCAGGUUCUCGUCGACGGUCGAAGACACGAGCGGGUGCCCGUAUUGUCUGGACGAGAAGGACUUUGAGUUUCUCGAGAAGAUCAAUUCCACUAAGCGAUCAGCAUCUCAGAAAUGUUCCGAAGAUAUGUUUGAGCUUAUAAUUCAACAAUUUGAAAGCACAAUCACUGAACGCCAGCCGUUUCUGUCGACUGAUGUUUCCCAGAUCCUUUCUUUUGAGGAGUUGGAGAGCGCGUUCAAGGGCGUGAACCUUCCGAUGUAUCUGAAUUUCGCUAAAAUGAUUUAUCCGCAUUGGAAAGCGCGAAGGAUCGAUCGCAAUGGCAAGCCGAUCAUGUAUACUCUGAAAUUCGAAGAAGGCGAGAAAGAUGAUUCAGACCCGUAUACAUGCUUCAGGCGACGAGAAUUCCGACAAGUGCGCAAGACUCGGAGGUCGGAUACACAAAGCUCUGAGAAGCUUCGGCGCCUGCGUACUGAGAUGGAGGCAGCAAGAACUCUGACAGAAAUGGUUGUCAGGAGAGAGGCGUUGCGCAAGGACUUGCUCCAGCUCGAAUGGGAUGCAUUCAAGCAGAGAAGCAUACUGAAAGAUCUUAAACGUAAGCUUGGAAUCAAGGGCGACGACGAUGAGCUGGUCACCAGGAAAAAGAAGCAAGUCACUGCAGACACCGCACCGAUCAACAGGAUGGCCGCACCAAAGGUUGCAGAAGUCGAUCUCAUAACAUUGGACGAUGUUUACCGGAAACGCGAGAGUGCUAUCGAAGCUGCUAUCGAAGAGAAGCUGGCGAGACGGAGAGAACAAGACAUUGGUUGGGAGGACUAUACU